CGUUGCUAUUUUUGGUCUGUCAGAAGCUACCGCGGACCUCCGCGCUUACAGAAUAUCAUACGCCCGUCUGCCACUGUCUUUGACCUUUCUCCGUUACCUCACGAGAGCUGAGGUUCUUUCAGCACGUACCUCGCACGUACGUAUUGUUCUCCCGUCUUUGCUGCUCUGGCUGUGGUGUGGCAAGUCUCAAAGUCAAUUCGACCUUCGAUACGAUCCGGGAAGUUAAAUACCAAUCACCAUGUCUGGAAUCAAGACGGUUGCAUAUUUCGUGAACUGGGCGAUCUACGGCCGCAAUCACAACCCCCAAGACCUACCAGCAGACAAACUAACUCACAUUCUGUACUCGUUUGCGAAUGUUCGACCGGAAAGUGGCGAAGUGUACCUUACGGACUCGUGGUCUGAUGUGGAGAAACACUACCCGACCGACUCGUGGAAUGAUACCGGCACCAAUGUCUACGGCUGCGUCAAGCAGCUGUUCCUGCUGAAGAAGCAGAAUAGGAAGCUGAAGGUCCUCCUCUCCAUCGGCGGCUGGACGUACUCUUCCAAUUUUGCUCAGCCGGCGAGCUCACAUGCUGGUCGUCUCAGGUUUGCCGAGUCGGCCACACGGCUGGUCUUGGAUUUGGGGUUUGAUGGAAUUGAUAUUGAUUGGGAAUAUCCUAAGGACGAUCACGAAGCAUACAACUUCGUCUUACUCCUUUAUGAAUGCCGAGUGGCACUUGACAGGGCGGCUGGCCCGAACCGCAGGUUCUUGUUAACGAUUGCCUGUCCUGCCGGUCCCAGCAAUUACACUAAACUCAGACUCACCCAAAUGACCCCGUACCUGGACUUCUACAACCUGAUGGGCUACGACUAUGCGGGCAGCUGGGACUCCACCGCUGGCCACCAAGCAAACAUUGCUCCGUCACGAUCAAACCCGGCCUCAACUCCUUUUUCUACGCUCGCGGCCGUGCAACACUAUACCCAAGUUGGUGGGGUGCCACCCUCAAAGAUUGUUCUGGGAAUGCCCCUUUACGGACGCGCAUUUACAGACACCAAGGGUCCAGGAAAACCCUUCAGUGGCACCGGGGAAGGAAGUUGGGAGCAAGGCGUGUGGGACUACAAGGCCCUCCCAAAGCCUGGUGCAACAGAGAUUUUUGAUUCGGAGUCCGGAUCAUCGUGGUCGUAUGACAAGAAGUCGCGCACGAUGAUAUCCUACGAUACUGUGCGGAUGGUGGAAGUCAAAGCACAUUUCGUUCGGAGCAAUCAUCUGGGCGGGGGUAUGUGGUGGGAGAGUAGUGGUGAUAAAGGCGGAAGGGGUGCGAACAAAGCAGAUGGGAGUCUCAUUGGAACAUUCGUCGAAGGGGUAGGCGGAGUAUCUGCUCUGGAUCAAUCGUGGAAUAAUCUUUCGUUCCCGGAGAGCAAGUAUGAUAAUCUGCGAGCCGGCAUGCCUUGAGUAUUCAUAUGUACUUUUUUUUUUUCUACGCAGGUUGAAGGUUUUCCCUUUCCGUUUUGGUGCUCACCCCGCUCCCUGAGCAUGGGAUAAGUGCUGACCUGGCAAGUAAGUAAUAUGUAGCCUCAAUAAAAUGAGCCUAUCCCUAUGGGUCUCAACCACAAUAUUUGUUUCAGUUCCCACCUGAAUGAAAGACCAGUUGAGUGUUGG